AAGGCAUUCGACCUCCUUCUCUGGCCCUACCUAUACUCAGUGCUCAGACACCUAGGGUUCCCGAACAAGUUCCUCAGUGUCCUGGCUGCACUCUACAAGAGACCAACAGGACAGCUCCUCUUACCCAACAUGGAAGCUCAAACAUUCAUGAUUGCAAACAUUCAUGAUUGUCCCCUGUCACCCCUGCUCUUUGCAAUCUCACUUGAACCACUACUUCAGGCCAUACGCCGCCACCCAGACAUCCAAGGGGUUCAGAUCCGGCAAGAAACUUAUAAGUGCGGACGACGUCCUACUGACCCUAGCAGACCCCAUACAAUCGCUACACACUACGCUGACACUGAUCAACGACUAUACCA